GGCGGCGCGUGCGCCCACGUGACGUUUUCAACCGCGCUGCGCGGGACCUGCGCCUGCAGAGAGUGAGGCCGCUGGGGGGGCGCGCGGCGAUCAGGCCUCCCGGAUUUGAGCAGUCACAGGAUGGGCUGUUGGCCCUGUGGACGCCGCAGGGGUCUGUAAGCACUGGCCGCGAGCAGGGGGCUUUGUCAGGCUGCACUGCUGCUCAGUCUGACAUUUGCCUUUGAUUAAGGAGAUGAGUGACUUUGCCUGUUCUAUUGAUCAGAAUAAAUUACCAGCAGCUAAUUUAUGGACCUCACAAAAGUGCCUUUGACAUGGUGAAUUGUGCUCUGUUGUUCAGCAAAAAGGAUUUAAAGAGACAUGGAAUUUGAAAGAAUUAUUCGAGACACACUGACAUACUUCAUCCAGUCCCACAUCCCUGCUGCAGACCUCAGUGGGAUGGAUGAUGUUUUCUUCUCUUACAUUACGGGUGUCCUGGAAGAGCUGGGUUCACCAGAGUCCUCUGAGGAAACCUUUGACAUGGAUACCUUUGUGGAAAUGAUGGAGGCAUAUAUCCCUGGCUUUGCAGAAAUUCAGAGGUGUGUGAAUGCUACUGUUUUAAAUGUGCAUGCCAGCACUGGAGACCUGGCCCAACCUCAUCAGCACCAUGAAUUCCUCUGUUCGUCUGUCUCUUGCAGUGGGGAUGUUUGUGAAAUGAUGUUCUCUCUCUCAGAAAGGCUUGGUGAAGCACGUAACAAAGAAAAGCCUAGCCAAAAAGCUAUGGGAGGCAGAACUGAAGUGCCCUCUGAAGACCUGACCAAAGGCCAGGAGCCUGGAGCCGGAGUCUGCAAGGAGGAAAGGCUGUGCACUCCGACAGACGGAGCCGAGGCCCAGGAAGGCGAUGACUUGAAGGGUGGUGUGGAGCUGCUUCUGGAGAUGUUCCCUGCAUGCACUGUAAGCCAGGCAGAGAAGGCACUAGCGAUGGCCCUGGGUAACUUGGAAGAGGCAGUGCAGUUAAUUGUGGAAGAGAAGGUGGAAGUCGGCACAGCAGGUGCGAGUGUGAAGGAGCUGGCACGGCCCCGCAGAGCACCCAACCAUGAGGAACUAAAGCAGGUUAUCUUACAGAAAUACAUGAUGGUGGAUAGUGCAGAAGAUCAGAAAACACAUCGACCAGCUCCACCAAAAGAGGCUCCCAAGAAGCUGAUCCGCUACAUCGAUAACCAGGUGGUGAGUACAAAGGGAGAGAGGUACAAAGACAUAAAGAAGCCAGAGAGUGAGGAGAUGAAGAAAACUUACAUCAGCCUCAAACCAGCCAGGAAGUACAAGUUCCACUGACAGCUGUGUCCUCCUGCUCUUCAGCCUCCACCUCGCUGGCCAGGCGUGGAGGAUGGACAUGUGGCACUAGGGAUGAAGGGACUCCCCUGCCCAACACUAACUGGAACUAACCUAGGAGCCAGGGCACUGCUUUCAGCUUCCUGAACUAACCCAGCUGAUAAGGUCAAGCCUCCUCUCCUUGUGUAGCUGUCCUUCUGCCCCUGGGGCACGCUACAAUGGUUACUGGGGGCCUGGGCAUUCUCUGCUAUUCCUUGCAUGGGACAUUAGAUCUAAAAUGUAGCUUGUGGUUUUGCAGCAAGCUUUUUAGAAAUCUCUGUGCACUGUUGCUUUGAGUGCAAGUGUUAAUAAAGAUGUGAGUUGGUGUGUAUUUCA